UAUUUGAUUAGCUCUUCUUUUACGUACUUGCUAUUCCGGAUUCAGAAUAAUAAUCAUAUCACUUUAUUACGUAUACAAUAGAAUGACUUUACUACUUUUUUACUUAUACUUGCCAUUAUGUGGUAUAAAGAUCCUCAAUUAAAAUUGUUAGAUGAAAAUUUUUAUAUCUUAUUGUGAGCUAUUGAUGAUAUCUUUCAAUGUUUUAUUAUACAAAAUGAUAAAUGCAAGCGUUAAACAAUAAACUGUUGCCGGAUGUUCCUCAGUAACUACACCGUCUAAAAAAGAAGUAUGAAGAUGCAGCGAGUGAAUUUUCGAAGCCUCCUUGACACAGUGAAAAGGAUUAAUUCGACUAACCGUCGAGCAAGCAAUAAGUGCAAGCCUUUCAUUUAUGGUAGAGAUGUAGAAAUUGCAAAGAAGAACGGAUUGCCAAUUGUGGCCUUAGAAUCCACGAUUAUUACACAUGGAAUGCCUUAUCCAGACAAUUUAGAGACAGCAAUCAAAGUUGAAGAAGCUGUCAGGAAGAAGGGUGCUGUACCUGCGACAAUAGGAAUUGUAAAUGGGCAGAUGUACGUGGGUUUGAUGGAAGAACAGCUGCAGAUAUUAGCUAAAUCAUCUUCUGGAGGCACUAUUAAGUGUUCUCACAGAGAUGUAUCAACGGUCAUUGCUAAGAAGCUGAAUGGAGGUACAACUGUUAGUGCAACGAUGUUGAUAGCGAAUUUAGCAGGCUUGCCUAUAAUGGCAACAGGAGGUAUCGGUGGUGUCCACCGUGGAGCAGAAUCAACUUUCGACAUUAGCACAGAUUUAAUAGAACUUGGACGUACUCCUGUAGCCGUUGUCUGCUCUGGUAUUAAGUCUAUAUUAGACAUUGAAAAAACAUUAGAGUAUCUAGAAACUCAAGGAGUUCCUGUUAUAAAGAUCGGCGAAACGAAUCGUUUCCCUGCAUUUUAUUGUACUGAAACGUUUCAACGAACGGAAGUGCCGCACAGAGUGUCGGAUGCGCAAGAGGCAGCAAAGAUUUUAAAAGCACAAAUGGAAUUAGGCCUCCGAACAGGAAUACUGUUUGCUGUGCCUAUUCCUGAAGAAUAUGCAUUGAAUCCUAAAGAAAUGGAGUCAGCUAUAUGCAACGCUUUAGAGAUUGCAAAGUGUAGAAACAUAAGUGGAAAGAAUGUAACGCCGUUUCUGUUGGAAGAAUUAAACCAGAUCACUCGUGGCGAAUCUCUUCGAGCCAACAUAGCUCUGAUCGAAAACAAUGCAAGCAUGGCAGCAGAGAUUUCGGUGAACAUAGCUGAGAGGAGUUCUGAAAGCUUUCACGGUACCAAUUCUUCUCAGUGCGUUUUUCAUGUGGAACGAAGCCCAGUGGUAAUCGGUGGUGCUAUAAUGGACACCGUUCUGCAAGUGAAAGAUUCUGAGAUAAAAGACGACGGUAGAACGCAUGCCGGUAGAAGCCGAGAAAGUUGCGGCGGGGUCGGACGAAAUAUCGCCAACGCCUUGAUCAGCCUUGGUCUGAACGCUACGCGGUUAAUAUCCGUCGUUGGUAACGACCAGCCUGGGAAAGCUAUAAUUAAAAGUCUAGGAGAUGCCGGAAAAACCAUCGAGCAGUUGUCGAAUAUGAAUACAGCUAGGUGUACCGUGAUCAUCGACUAUAAGGGUGAGUGUCAUUUCGCAAUCGGUGAGAUGGAAGUGCUUGCGGGCAUCAAUCCGGAUUUGAUGAAGAAACAUCAGUCACUAGUGGAGAACGCGAGCAUCAUUGUUCUGGAUGGCAAUCUACCCUUAGAUACGAUCCGCUACGCGCUGGACCUUGCGGCGCACUCGAAAAUUCCAGUUUGGUACGAGCCUACGGACAUGCAGAAGGCGACGAAAGUGUUUGAGGCAAAGACGGAGUGGCGGCAUGUGUUACAUUUCAUAUCGCCGAAUAGAGACGAGUUAAUAGUGAUCGGAAAAUAUUUUGGUAUAAAGGUACCUGAUAACAAAUUGAUCUUGGACUUGGAGGAGGUGAAAGCGAUCGCAGAACAAGUUGCUGAAUUCGUCCCGGUAGUUAUAAGUACUUUGGGAUCACAAGGAGUACUGGUAGUCCGUAAAGCCUUGGGAAACGCUCCUUUUUACGAUAAAGAAGGUAAAUUAAUUACUCAUAGCAUAAGUUCACGUUUAUAUCCACCCUUGUCUUUCAUUUCCGAUGAUCCUAAUGAAACGUAUAGCGUCAGUGGUUGCGGCGAUUGCCUUACCUCCGGGAUAAUUUAUGGUAUUCAUAAAAAUCUUGAUGAAACCGAUUGCCUUUCGCUGGGUUUGAAAGCUGCUGCACUUUCGUUAACUUCAUUAGACGCAGUUCCCGCUUCGCUUUCAUUACUAUCGAACGAUACGAAAUGUUGACGUAUCACAGUUAUUACAGACCCUUU